UCUUGUUGUUGACUCAAAAGUCUUGAGUCAAGACUCGCGAAUGUUUACAUUUCAGUUUAUUAUAUCAUCCGCAUGAAUAAUUGAUUUUUCCGUUUUUUUGUGUCUUCUAUCCUAAAUGAACUUUUACCAGACAAAAAAUAUUCUCUCUGCCUGGCACUGUUAACCAAAACUGGUAAAUAAAUAUUGAAAAAUGAUGCGAUCACCAGUACGAUUGAAACUAUCAUUCAGAGUGCGGUCUUUGACUAUAUAUUAGAAAUUGGUGUAAAUACACACAAUUCAUUCUCUCAAUUACUCUUUUUUUUGUAUUACCACUAUCAUACCUGCACCAACUUAUUAAAUAUUUAAGACCUCGGCAUAAUUUUCUCGUUGUCGUGUUAUUAGAUAUCAAUUGUGCAUAGCAUUGAACGGGUGCUAAAAUUAAAGUGUUUUGUGCAAUUAUUAACGACCAACUAAAUAACCGCAUUUUUUGUUGUAAAAGUUUUGGAAUGAGGUUGUUCUGUUCCCGUUUCACAGUGCGAUUAGUUUUCCACGAUAUAGUUUAUUGACGUAAUCCAUUGCUCACACUAUCGCAGUGUUUAAACUUGCAUCGAGAAACGAGAGAAGUGAAACAAAAACAGAAAAACAUUAUCGGUCACGAUCGAUCGUAACAUGUCAUUAAAGAAAGAAACCCCAUCGGAUAUUCAAUUACACUUAGCUGCUUUGCAUGGUAAUGAGGUUUUGUUGAAGAAAGUUUUGGACAGCGGAAAAGUUCAUGUGGACUGUAAAGAUGAGGACGAUACCACACCACUUAUUUUAGCUUCAGCUAGUGGACAUUUGACAUGCGUAAUCGAACUUUUGGAACAAGGAGCCAAUCCAAAUGCGAAGAGAGUGACUGGAACCACCGCAUUAUUCUUUGCGUCGCAAGGUGGAUUUACGGAUGUUGUUCGAAUUUUAAUUAAGUCUGGUGCAGCCAUCGACUCACCAUCAUUGGAAGGAGGUACUCCACUGUUUGUAGCAUGUCAGGGUGGACAUGUAAACAUUGUUAAAGAGUUACUUAAUCGUGGGGCUAAUGUACAUGUGGCGAUGAAGGAUCGAGCCACUGCAUUGUUUAUUGCGUCGCAAAACGGUCACCGUACUAUAUUGUCAAUGUUAUUGACUGAAGGAGCGAAUCCAGAUGCGUGCCGAAACGAUGGCGCUACUCCCCUUUGGAUCGCAUCACAAAUGGGUCACGAUCACAUAGUUCGUCUGUUGUUGCAGCACGGAGCCAACAUUGAUGCUGUUCGAUGUGAUGGAGCUACUCCAAUUUUUAAAGCUUCCCAUAAGGGCUACGCUGCUGUCGUUCACGAGCUACUUAAAUACAAACCAAACUUAGGUCUUCUGCCGAACGGAGAAACAGCUCUGCACGCUGCAGCAAUGUUCGGCCAUCUUCCCGUCGUUAAACAACUGAUAGCAUCUGGUUCGGAGUUCCGGAAAAAUCGUGACGGUUUGACACCGUUGGAUGUAGCUAGACAACAGAAUCACUGGACAGUCAUCGAAUAUUUGGAGGAGAAAAUGCGCGAAUCCAAAGUUCGAAGAUCGAUGGAAAAUGAACAGAAAAUGUGAACGGAUAGACGUUUCGAGUGAUUCCAAGUUUGUUGAUCGUUUCUACUUACCUCGAACGCAUUUUUUUCCUCUUUGUCAACGAAUCGAAUUUUUGCCUUAGUUUUUUGAAAUCUCGUUUACCUUUUACGGAUGGCUAUGUUUCAUGUUAAAAGCAAUGAAACGGUCUGCACAGUCAGAGACUGUGAAAUUUCACCAUGAAUUUGCUACAGCAGUUUUUCAGCUGAUCCACAUACACCAUCAAUACUGUUUAUAUUUGGUACAGCUCCUACACGAACCAGCGUUGUAGUUUUGAAACAGCUUUGAUUGUUUCUGUGGAUCAGCUGAAGAUAAUUCAUGGUGAAAGUUCACUACCUCUAACUGUAUCAAUCUGGCGAAAAUACUUUAAUGGAAACCCUUGCCGUCUGUGUAACGGUAAAUUUUACGUUUAAAACUCUAGUCUUUAGAAAUUUAUCAAUCGAAAAUGUCUUCGAUGGAACACACUUCUUACAUAUUCAAAUCAUUUGACGGUAUCUCUAUAUCAUCACAAACAAACGUAUGCAAUCAACAAUGAAUAAAAUUAGCUUUCUACAUCACACUGGUUCGGUGAGGAAGGACAUUGAACUUGUAUUCAAAAACGGUUCAAAUUUAUUGUUUGGGACCUAUGUGGAGUUCGGAAGUUGAAUCAAAGCUCAACGUUGCUCCUUAAACCGGAUAAGUUUAGUUUAAUUGUUAUACAGUGUUACCGACAAUAUCUGCACAUCAACAACAUAAAAAGACAAACUGGAUCGUUAGUACUUAAGAUAUUUAUGUAAAUUAAUCAAUUAAUGUCUCGUGCAAUAUCAAAUUAAUUUACGGAAAUUGUUAUCAGAAAUUAUGUUCCUGGAAUGGAAUGCCUGUUAUUCUUUUAAAUAAAUUUUAUUAAUUCGAUUAAAAUGCACACUUGUCGUCUUACCAUGUUACAAACAAACGUAUACAAUGUAAACGGAAGCAUUUUAAGAGAAUUAAAUUUGAAAAA